AUGACAUCUACCUCUACACUCAAACUUCAGGCUGUUCCAGUCGACAAAGAAAUCGAAAACCUCAUCAGAUCAACCAAGGGAUUAAGUGUUGGCUAUUCCGAACAGGAUACGCAGCAUUUCGGCCCUGAUCCAGAUGGGUUGCCAAUUCUUCCUGAAAGUACCCGUAAGAGAUUGACCGAUGCUGGCAUCGACAUCUCUCAGGGGUAUCCAUCCAGACCAGACAAGUCUUUGAUUCCUGUCUUUGUUGACGAGGCUGCCGCCAUCCGUGACGAUGAUUACGAAUACGUUGACAGAGCAAAGAAUGUAGACCCAGAAAAGAAGGCGUUGCUGGGUGCUGCAACUGAAGUGAUCAACCUGACCAAACAUAUUGGUACCGAGAUUGUUGGUCUUCAAUUGAGCGACUUGACUGAUCAGCAAAGAGACGAGCUUGCUCUGUUGGUUGCUGAAAGAGUUGUGGUUUUCUUCAGAGACCAGAAACUUUCCCCUCAAAAGCAAAGAGAGAUUGGUGCUUAUUGGGGCCGUGUUGAAGAACACCCUCAAGCCUCCUAUGUCAACGGACUUCCUGGCAUUUCGGUCAUCUGGUUGGACUACUUCCGCAAGUCUUUCGGUUUGAACUUGACUUUCAAGAACAACAAUGCUCGUAACUGGGAUCCAGUCAAGCACAAGGUUCAAGGAACUCAAGUCUGGCACACGGACUUGACCCACGAGAAGCGUCCAGCUGGAUACACCCACUUGCACUUGGAUGCCAUCCCAGAAACCGGUGGCGACACUAACUGGGCCUCUGGAUACGCAGCUUACGAUAAGCUUUCUGAGGAAUUCAAAAAGUUCCUUGAUGGAAAGGAAGCUGUCUAUGUUUCUGCUCACGGCUACCUGGACAGAAAGAACCCAUUUGCUGGUCCAAAGAGUAUCGAGAGAGUUCAUCCAAUCAUCAGAACCCACCCUGUUACUGGCUGGAAGUCUCUGUUUGUCAACAGAUCUUACACCAAGAGAAUUUUGGGUCUAUCUUCUGUUGAGUCUGACAUUAUCUUGAAGUAUUUAUUCGAAGUGUUUGAGAAGAAUGCCGACAUCCAGGUUCGGUUUAAGUGGACUCCUUCCAAGCCAGGUUACGGUACAUCUGCAAUUUGGGAUAACAGAGUUUCUCAGCACUCCGCUACUUGGGACCACGAAGGCAAGGAUGCCCGUCAUGGAACCAGAGUCACCACUCUGGGAGACUUGCCAAAGUUCGAUCCUAACUCUAAGUCUCAAAGAGAGGCUCUCGGAUUGUCUCUUGACGAAAAAGACUUUUACUAA